AUGGAGCCAUCAUUAACUCAAGGAGCUGGCUACGGCCUUAUUGUUGGGGGCGGUGCAUUUUUUGCUAUUGUGAUGAACUAUGUCACUUUUCUCCAAAACAAGUAUAGUGCCCAUAACUCGAAGAAAGUUGAUGAGUUUGUUAGUGGCAGUAGAAACGUUGGUUUUGGACUUUUACUAAGCGGUAUUUUGUCAAAUUGGACAUGGAGUUUAACUCUUUUGGAAUCUGCAGUAAAAUCAUAUGAUAUUGGGAUCUCGGGGAGUUACUGGUAUGCCAUCGGUGGUAUGUUACAAGUCAGCGUGUUCUCAGUUGUCUCUUCCAAAAUCAAGAAGAAUGCCAAUUUGGUGACUACAUUUCCCGAAAUGGCGUAUUUUCGAUUCGGUAAAGCUGGCCAUUUGAGUUUCUUGUGGUGUGGCUUUGUGUGCAAUUCGAUUGUGAGCAGCUGUAUCUUACUAGGCGGCUCGGCCGUGUUCCAUGCCGUCACUGGUGUAAGUCAAUAUGCUACGUUGUUCCUCAUUCCAUUCGGCUGCGCCGUGUAUGUGAGUUUUGGUGGAUUGAGGGCAACAUUCAUUUCAGAUGCCACACAUACCUGUAUUAUCUUGGUGUUCAUAAUUGUGUUCACCCUAGAAGUUUAUUAUGGAAACGAUAAGAUUGGAUCUCCUCGUAAAUUGUGGGAGAUGUUGCAGUCAUUACCCCCAGUUGAUGACAACUACCAUGGUUCAUAUUUGACUUUUAGAUCGCAGCAAGGUGCCAUUUUUUCCGUUAUCAGUUGUAUUACCGGUUUUGGAUUGGUUGUCAAUGACCAAGCAUAUUUGUCUAGGGCAGUGGCAGCUGACCCCAGAAUUACUUCUAGAGCAUAUUUCUUUGCGUCAAUUUGUUGGUUUGUUAUACCUUUUGCAAUGGGUGCAGGUUUGGGUCUUGGUGCAAGAGCAUUAACUGUUUACCCCGAUUUCCCCAAACUUUCUGAUUUUGAAGUUGGUGAAGGUCUUCCGCCAGUGGCAUGUGCUACAUAUCUCAUGGGUAAAACGGGGUCAGCAAUGAUCUUGGUUAUGAUAUUCUUUUCAGUCACUUCUUCCUUCUCUGGUGAGCUUAUUGGGACAUCAACAUUGAUUUCCUACGAUAUUUACAAGAGGUACUAUAAACCUGAUGCCAAACCAAAUCAAGUUGUUAGAGUAGCCAAGAUUAGUGUAUUUGGUUGGGCCAUUUUCUCGUCUUGCUUAGCUUCCAUAUUUUAUGGUGCGGCCAAGAUAUCUAUGGGAUGGCUCUUUAACUUUUUGGGCUGCGCCACUGCAGCUGGUGUGUUCCCUAUAGCAUUGUCAUUUGUAUGGAAAGACCUAAACAAAGUAGGUGCUGUUGGUGGGUCAAUUGGGGGCAUGGUUCUAGCCAUUAUGGCGUGGUUGAUUGCAUGCUAUAAAUUAACGGGUGAGAUUACUGUGACAAACUUGUCACUGCAAUGGGUAUCGUUUACUGGAAAUGCUGUGGCAUUGGCUUUUGGAGGUAUUAUUUCAAUUACUGCAUCGUUAAUAUCACCGGCAAAUUUUGACUUUGAAAAGACCAGGAACAGAACAAGCUUAAUGCCUAAAAGUAAAGAAAUGGAGAUUGUGGAGAAUAGUAGCAGUGAUGGAGAGCUGGUGUUGGGAAAAAUAGAAAGCAAGGUUGAAAGUGCAGAGAAAAGAGAAAGAGAGAAGAAUGCGGCGGUGGUAAUGGUGGAUGUGGUCCUACUGAAGGAUGUAAAAAAUGAAGCAGAAAGUAAGUCAAUUGAGAAGGCAAGGAGUAAAGCAAACGACAAUAAAAAUGAUUCUGAAAUUGAACAAGAUCUAGUCGAUAUUGAAUCUAGCACAAGUAAUUCUGAGUUGGAUAUGAAUCUUGAUGCAGUGAUUGACCAUAAGCAUCUUGAUCAUCAAUUUAAAAAGUAUUGUGGUCUUGUUGCUCUUGCUGUACUAAUAUUGGUUUUUGUCAUACCUGUACCCUUGGGUGCAAGUCCCUAUAUAUUCAGCCCUCACUUUUUGGAGGGAGUGGUUAUUAUUAUCAUCAUAUGGUUGUUUUGUUCAUUGUUUUAUGUGGUAAUCUUACCAAUAGUCGAGGCAAGAAAGAGUAUUUGGCGUAUCUUCAAGGCCUCAGUACUGUUCAGGAAAGAUAAAAGCCAAGAGUAA